CGGAAGCGGAAAUGAGGUCGUUGUGUUUUGAAAGAGGGAAAUUUAAAACUCGACGGUGAAACAGAAAUGAAUAAAAUCCUCGAGAGCCAGAGGAACACGAUCUGAAAGUUCAACAUGAAGAAGGUGAGAAGCUCACGGCUGCACAACGCCGGCAACAUCGGGGAGGAUUGUUGUGUUUUGUGCAGAUUAAGUGACGACGACCCGGCCAUGUUUGGAGAGAAGGUCACAGUGAAAGAGCACAAGCUCACCGUCCACUACUUCUGUCUGCUGACGUCCUGUGGAGUUUACCAGCGAGGGACGGACACUGAGGGAGUCUUUGGUUUCCUGGUGGAAGACAUCAAACAGGAGAUGAGACGGUCGGCUCGACUGACUUGUUGCAGCUGUAAGAAGAAGGGGGCGUGUGUCGGCUGUUACGUCAGGAGCUGCAGGAAGACGGUUCACUUCCCGUGCGGGAGGAAGAAGAAGUUCAUCUCUCAGUUCAGUGGCCUUUUCCCGUCGUACUGUCCGGAUCACAGUCCCACUCAGUCUCUGUGUGUGGGCUCGGACCUCAGCCUGCCUCAGUCCUGCUCCGUCUGUUUGGACGCCAUCGACCCCGUCCUGUCCUACUCCGUCCUCAAAUGUCCGUGCUGCCACGCCAGCUGGUUCCACAGGGAGUGUGUCCAGCGUCAGGCCCACAGCGCUGGCCUCUUCUUCUUCAGAUGUACCCUGUGUAACAACAAGGAGAGCUUCCAGGAGGAGAUGCUCCGGAUGGGAAUCUACAUCCCAGAGAGAGAUGCUUCAUGGGAGUUGGAGGCCAACGCAUAUUCUGAUCUGCUGGAGGUUUACCACCACUGUGACGCGGUCGCCUGCCUCUGCACUGACGGACCCACACACUCCGCGAAGACCGGGUGGUUCGAGGUGAUUCGCUGUCGACUGUGUGGAUCCAGAGGAACUCACAGGAAGUGCUCGGGCCUGAAGCUGCACACCAGGGACUGGGCCUGCAGCGACUGCACACAGGCCACGGACGGGAAAGCCUCCCUGGUAGCGUCUCCUCAGAGCGCUCCAAGAAGGAGUCUGCUGUCCAAACGCCACCUGUCCCCCAUCCACUCCUCCAUCAGCUGUAAAAGGGCGUCGUUACCCGUCUCAGCCGGAUCCCCUGAGGAGCUCCUGCUGGCGCUGGCCCCUCAGCUCCGUCCAAUCACUGUCCAGGUGGAGGUGACUGGGUAUCAGGCUCUGUUUGCUGGUCUGGAUCUGGUCCAGAGGCCCGACUUCGACCCCACGUGCACUCUGUCCGUCAGUUUCCACGAUGAGAAGCAGACUGCGUUUCCCAGCAGCCUCAGGGACGGCCCCACGGCCCGGCAGCACUUCCUCAAGCUGCUGGUGCAGCAGAUCCAGGACUCUGCCGUGUUUGAGGGUCCAGAUGGAUCCAAAAAUCUGGCUCUGGAUUAUCAGGCUCUGCGUGAGGACCUGUACUUUGACGUGGGCUGCCUGCUGGCUCUCUCUCUGCUUCACGGCGGCCCCCCCGUCAGCUUCUUCUCCUGCGGGCUCUUCCAGUGUCUGUUCAACUACCCACCGAACCGCCCCCUCACUGUCGCACACAUGACCCCCGACGCACACUUCACACGUCAAGUCAGCAGGAUCCAGGAGGCGGAGUCUUUAGACAGCCUGAAGGAAGCCAUGAGUUCCAGCUGGGAGUUCCUGGAGAUGGCUGGUUGCAACCGGGCCGUCCGGAGCCUGGCGGAGAGGGAGGUGCUGGUGGAGGACCUGGUCAGCUUCUGUCUGAUCACCAGGAUGCAGCUCCCCCUGCAGAGGUUCCGUGAAGGUUUGCAGACGCUAGGCGUCUUUGAUCAGGUGCAGCUGUUCCCGUCCGUGUUCUACAGCGUCUUCUGUGAAGCAGCCGGUCGUCUCACGGCUCAGACGCUCGGCCAACUCUUCAUCAUCAACUUGUCAGAGGAGGAGGAGAAGCUGGACAAGGAGACGCCCGUGGUCACCUUCUGGAGACACCUCCUGCUGGAGUGUGAAGUUGGAAGGAGCUCCAUUUCCUUGCAGGACCUCCUUCUCUUUGCCACAGGAGCUGAGGAGCUUCCAGUUACCGGCCUCCUCCAUCCUCCCUCCAUCUCCUUCCUCCACCCCUUCAGCUCCUCCUCACCAGGAGUGGAGGAGAUGGGCAGAUCAGGGGAGGAGGAGUGGAGCGAUGGGGGGCUCUUCCCUCAGAGCGAGCCCAGCUCCAGGCACCUCCUCCUGCCCGUCACCUCCUCCUACCAGUCCUUUAAAAGCUGCAUGGAGCAGGCCAUCAGCCACCACGUGCACCUCCUCCCUAAGGAGCGUUAGACUUGUUUCCAUCUUUCUCUGAAAUUGUUGCUAAACAAUUAACACGACAGAUUUUUCCAGAAAUAUCUGAUCUUAUAUAUAAUUUUUGCGUCACCAUGGUGCUAACUGUUAUUUAUAUUAUUGAUUAAUCUGCCGAUUGAAGAAUCGUUAGAAACAUAUCGUUGAUUUUCCUUGAGAAGAAAAUCCUCAUAAAGCCGAAGCUGAAACUUUGAUCUCUUUUGAAUAAUGACGUAAAGAUUCAAGUGAUGACUCAUCGUUUCAGCUCCAGUCACAUUCACUCAGAACCGUCGAAUUGUUUUAUUAUAUGAUUUUUAUAUAUAUUUUCUAUCUCUUGUUUCUCUGGUGAAGCUGAUAAAUGAAAUGUCUGCUCAUUCUUUAGGUGACAUUAAAAAACUAUUUUUCUUUUCUAUUAAAUGUCAAACACGUGAUGAUCCUGUUUUAUACUUUGCUGAAUAUCUCUGAUCUUUCAUGGAGGAGUGACUUCAGUUGUGUUUUUAUUGUACAUACUUGAGCUUUAUUUGUUUUCUUGGUGUUUUCCUCUCGUUUGACGUUUUCGUUCUUCUUUGACUUUGGAAGAUUAAUAAAAAGUGAAAUGUUGAGUUGAUUGACAUCCCACAGUUUUUAUUAAGUCACUGUUUCUCUGCCUCAGAUGUGUCCUCUUCUAUUUAAAGGGUUUUUAAAUACAUUUCAAAAUAAAAUGACUGAUAACGCUGUG